ACGUGAAACAAGAAGAUCAAGGUGAUGGCAUGGACGUGGUAGAGCUCCGGAACGACGUGGGUCUGGUGCGCACGAAGGAGGUACUGGUUCUUAACACGCCGCUGGUGAUUAACACCCUCCAAGCCAUGCGGGAGUAUGAACCAAAUAAACUGAACUUUGGAGAUGUUGAGGUACUAGGAUUUGGGCGCACCACAAAAUAUGAACCGGCAUGGGCUUUAGGCAACCAGCUGUUUGCCGCGAAGCUGACAUUGGUGAAAUGCGAUCGUACGACGUGGUCAUUUUGCAUUUGUGCAAUGUCUGGCAGUGAUAACCCACGAGGCGUAUGCUCGGGAGACUCUGGAGGACCGAUGGUGUAUAACGGAUCGCAGAUCGGGAUCACUUCCAUGGGCCCGCAGGAGUGUUCCAGGAACAACAUAUCCGGGGCGACGACGAUUACCAGCGUGUUCACUACACUGCACCAGUAUGCUGACAUCAUUACACGAACCAUAGAUGAUAGGAAAGGCAGCAAACAGAUGACUCUCAUAUACGGCUCAGACAACAGAUUGAUUCCACAUUGUACCAUGGUUUUGUUUCUGUUAUGCUUUUUAUUUGCGUGAUUUUUACUUUGAUUUUUGUGCUGUACAACCUUGUUUCAUGAAAUUACAUAACAUUGCGGAAGCUUACUUAAGCAGGUAGAAAUUUUCAGACAUGAUCGUUUUUUCUUUGAUUUUGAAUCCAAUGAAUUUUGUUUCAGAUUUUCAGUACUUUUUUUAAACUUACACACGGUCUGAUUUUUAAAGUAC